ACCAUUCUUGCCCCCAGUGGUGGAUUGUACUGCCUGGGUGGAGGCUGUGACGGCGCUGACUCUGAUGACAACUCCCGCGUCUCCAUCACUUUCUUCCGGCUGUUCCGGGUGAUGCGACUGGUGAAGCUGCUGAGCCGGGGUGAAGGUGUCAGGACCCUCCUGUGGACCUUCAUCAAGUCCUUUCAGGCUCUGCCAUACGUGGCCCUGCUGAUUGUGAUGCUCUUCUUCAUCUAUGCUGUGAUUGGGAUGCAG